GGUGUUUAGGGUGAUGAUGUGUCAGAGGGGUGGGAGGGCCGCUGUUGAACUGAAUAAAUACAGGACGGUGAGGGACAUCGAGAAGUGAAGACGACAAAGCAACGUGGUGAAAGGACUUGGAGAAAGGAGAGGAUCUGCAAUGGCUAACAGCAGAGGUCUGGGUUUCGAGGUGGAUCUAAGGAGCCGUCAGAACAACUCGGCCCACCGCACCCGGGAGAUCGAUCAGCAGCGCUUGAUCGUCCGCAGAGGUCAGCCGUUCUCCAUCACGCUGCAGUGCUCUGACUCUCUGCCCCCCAAACACCACCUGGAACUGGUCCUGCACCUCGGUAAGAGAGACGAGGUCGUGACCAAGCUUCAGAAGCAGCGCGGGGCCGGAGACAAGUGGUGGUUUGAGCAGCAGGAGGCCCAGGAUGAGCUGCUGCUGACGCUACACAGUCCAGCGGAUGCCGUCGUUGGCUGCUACCGCCUGGUGGCGCUCCUCAUGUCGCCACAGGGCCAAAUCCUGAAAAAGAUGGACGACAUGAAGUUCCACCUGCUCUUCAACCCCUGGUGCAAAGAUGAUGCGGUGUACCUCCCUGAUGAGAGGCUGCUCCAGGAGUAUAUCAUGAACGAGCAUGGAGUUAUUUACAUGGGGGCCUGGGAUCACAUCAACAGCAUUCCCUGGAAUUAUGGACAGUUUGAGGACAAUGUGAUGGACAUCUGCUUCGAAAUGCUGGACAACUCCCUAGAAGCCCUGAAGGAUUCAAAGAUGGACUUGGAGAACAGAUGUGACCCCGUCUAUGUGGGCAGGACCCUCACUGCCAUGGUGAACUCCAAUGACGACAGAGGCGUGCUGACCGGCCGCUGGUUUGAGCCGUACUCUCCUGGAGUACCUCCGUACAGGUGGAGCGGCAGCGUGCCCAUUCUGCGCCAGUGGAGCAAGGCCGGAGCCAGAGCAGUGAAGUACGGCCAGUGCUGGGUGUUUGCUGGCGUCGCCUGCACAGUGCUGCGUUGUCUCGGAAUCCCAACUCGCCUCAUCACCAACUUCUCGUCAGCGCACGAUGUCGAUGGAAACCUGGCUCUGGACUUUGUGACGAAUAAAAAGGAGACUGAGAAUGAAAAGAGCGACUCAAAGUGGAACUUCCACUGUUGGGUCGAGUCCUGGAUGACGAGAAAGGAUCUUCCCAAAGGAAACGACGGCUGGCAGGUUUUGGACCCCACACCUCAAGAGCUGAGUGACGGUGUGUUUUGCUGCGGCCCAUGUCCAGUGAACGCCAUCAAAGAGGGGAAUCUGGGCGUGAAGUACGACGCUGCGUUCGUCUUCGCUGAGGUCAACGCUGACAUCGUCUACUGGAUGCUUCAGGGAAACGGCCAGCGCCAGAAGAUGAGCGUCGACGUCGCCAGCGUGGGCAAAAACAUCAGUACCAAAAGUGUUUACGGGGACCAGCGAGAAGACGUGACUCUGAACUACAAGUACCCUGAAGGAUCCAAGGAGGAGAGAGACGUGUACAAAAAGGCCGGACGCCGGAGCACAGACGAGACGACCAAACCGGCACGGCUGAAGCUGUCAAUCAAACACGCCAAGCCUGUGUUUGGUACAGACUUUGAUGUGAUAUUUGAGGUGGAAAAUCAAGGAGGCGAACAGGCUAAUGCUCAGCUGACCCUCCAGGCCACGACUGUCACCUACAACGCCCUCCACCGAGGAGACUGCUGCAGGAAGAGCCUCAGCGUGACCGUGCCGGCUCACCAAACCCACCAGGAAGUGCUGCGUCUGCGUUAUGAGCACUACGCCAAGCACGCCUCUGAACACCCGGUGGUCAGGGCGAUGGCGGUGUUAGAGGCCAGGGAUGAGAACGAGCCCAUCAUGGCCGUGACAAACAUCCCACUGGAAACACCUGAGCUCCUGGUGCAGGUGCCAGGAAAGGCUCUGCUGACGGAGAAAGUGACGGCCUUCAUCUCCUUCAUCAACCCUUUGCCGGUUCCACUGAAGGGCGGUGUGUUCACUGUGGAGGGAGCUGGCCUGCUGCCUGCCACCGAGAUCCCAGUGAGUGGAGACAUCUCUCCGGGCCAGAAGAUGUCUGUCAAGCUGUCCUUCGUACCGAUGCGACCUGGAGUGAGGAAGCUGCUGGUGGACUUUGACUCUGACAGGCUCAAGGGCAUAAAGGGAGUCGCCACCGUGGUGAUCCGCAAAAUAUACAGCCCGAUAUUUUAUUAAUCUGCUCUAAGUCCCACUUUAUUGGUCCUGAGGCUGAGAGGGUGAGACUGAUGACAGUUGUCUUAUUGUGUCUGAAAUGAUCCGAUCUAUGUCUGUUUACACAGAAUUUGUUGCGGAAUUUCCUAAUUUCAGUCUAACAUCCACAUUAAAUACAUUUUUAAAUACUAUUCAUGCAUUUUAGAUGUGUGUAUCCAGCUAAUAUGAAUCAUCUGUGUAUGCUUGCUUUUCAAUGAUGCUUUUAGUUUUCUUGCCCUCUGCUUUUACAUGUGUAAUUACAAUAAAGAUGAAUAUAAUCUAA